CUGGCCUUGUUAAGCUUGAGACAUUAGUGUAGGACGGCCACAAUAUGGGUUCCAAAUCUUUGUAAGACAAGGUGAUGCAGCUUAGCAUGGUGACCCUAUUGGCCUUUGUAAAGAUUUUGCCAUUAAUGUAUUAUACAUGUACAGAUUGUUUCCUUUUGUUUUGUUUGAUUUUUAAUUGUUUGAAAUGGCUUUGUUCAUUCAUUUGUUAGCAAUGAGGAAUUUUAAAGGGACUCGUGUGGUCCGGGGACCUGAUUGGAACUUCCCUGAUGCUGAUGGAGGUGACGGUCAUGUAGGAACAGUAACUGAGGUGGAUUUCAAUGAAGAGACCGUGAUGGUUGUGUGGGAUGUUGGUGGAGAACUGGACUACCCUUGUACAGAAGGCAAAUUUUACCUACAGAUUUUGGAUAAUGCACCAACAGGUGUUAUCCAUAAAGAUGUAAGCUGCACUGUCUGCAAGAGAAGUGAAAUUCCAGGGAUGAGAUGGGUGUGCUUACAGUGUAAAAAUAUCAACCUAUGCUCUCUAUGCUACAUGACUGGAAAGCAUGAUACUGGUCAUGAUUUUGGAAGAGUUGAUAUACCAAAUUCCUCAAUAGUAAAGGUUGGAAAAAGAAAAAAAACCACAACGAAAAAAUCAAGAGGGCUUUUCCCAAAAGCAAAGGUUCAGAGAGGGGCACACUGGAAAUGGGGAGACACUAAUGGUGGAGAGGAGGUUCAUGGAGUGGUACAGGACGUAUGUGACUGGGGACCCAGUAGUUAUCGUGGUGCUGUCAGGGUGUGCUGGGAGAACAGACACCACACGGUGGAGCGGUACAGAGUGGGGGGCGAUGGAGAGGUGGAUCUCAUGGCCUUACAGGCUGCAGAGGGAUACAUAUACUACUCAGACCAUCUUCCUAAUGUUGAUCUUGAAAACUUGCAUUCGGGGGACUACAAAAUUGGUGACAAAGUGCGAAUAGAUCUUAGUGCAUCUGAACUCAAAGUCUUGCAAUCAUCCAGUGAUAUUGGUUGGCUAGAACAGAUGGCAUAUAGUGUGAACAACACUGGGACUGUGAUUCACAUACCAACUACAAGUCAAGCAAGGGUCCAGUACCAAAAUGGACACCUGUUCACCUUCCCGAAAUUUGUUCUGACAAGAUUUCACCGACUAGAAAUGGGGGAUCUUGUUCGAGUCAUGAGGGACAAAACCAUAGCAUUUCGGCUUCAGCAAGGACAUGGUGGCUGGUCAAAAAAUCAAGACCUGACACUGGGUAAGCUGGGGAGGAUCGUGCACAUUGAUGAUGAUGGCGACGUGUCAGUGGUUGUGGGAGACAGUCAGCAUCUGUUCAGCCCAGUAUGUCUUGAUGUGGUGGAUCCCAAUUCUCUCUCAACGAGGGAAAAAGUGCCCGCCAUUCCUAACAAUCUCCACUCCAUCAAAUUGUUUGACUGUGAGUUAAGAAGACCCAGUAACACUGAUGUACUGCCUCUGUUAACAUCUGUUGUAAAGGCCGCAGCGAAAGGGAACCUGGACAUCGUGAAACAGAUUCUGGAGGCGGACAGAAGCAAGGUAAACACGGCUGAGAAUGGGGUGACUGGCUUACAGAUAGCCAGCCACAAGGGCUAUGAGAAGGUUGUCAAACUGUUGUUGGAGAGGGGAGCUGAUAUCAACAAAGCAGAUGCAGAUGGCAACACCCCACUCCACAUUGCUGUUCAUGGAGGGAAGACAGCUGUAAUAAAACUUUUACUGGAUCAAAAAGCAGACUCUUCCAUACGUAACAAGUGUGGUCAGACAGCCUUACAUCUGGCCAUCGCUAGGGAACAGAUAGAGAGUAUAAAGGCAUUGGUUAUAUCCAGCUGUGAUGUACAUGUCAAGGACAGUAAUGGUGACACAGCAGUCCAUGCAGCUAUAAGUACUGGACAGGAGAAGCUAUUCAGUGCAGUACUUAGUGCACACCAAGUGAAAUUUCAGACAGAAAACACCACAGGAUAUGACAUGCUUCAAUGGGCAGUGUUCAAAAACUUCAAAAGUGCUGUUGAGGUGAUUUUGACAAGGUGUAGCCACAGUUUGUCUGAUCUAGUCAACAGAAGGAUGUCUGUUACCCAGUUCACAGCUCUCCAUAUAGCAUCUUCUCAUAACUCUAGAGAAUGUGCCCACCUACUUAUAACCAAGGGUGGAAUGAAAUUAGAUAUGGUGGACAAUAAGAAACAAACACCUCUCCAUAUUGCUGCAGAUCGUGGAUAUCUGACAAUGGUUGAACUCCUGUUAGAAUUUGAUUUGAAGGUAAAUGCCCAAGACAGAAAUGGAAAUUGUCCUCUUCACUUGGCUCAGAUGCAAAACAGUAGAAGUGCAUCAGCGGGACAAGAGGGAAGCAAGACAAAUAGCUAUGUACUGAUAGCAUGUCUUCUGGUGGAACAUGGUGCAGAACUAGGCAUAAAAAAUAAGGAGGGCAAAACUCCAUUAGAUUUCACCAAUCAACAUUCGAGGCUGUUUUUAGAGAGAAUUUCAAAAGCAGCUAAAGAACAAAGGGCAGCUAACUCAGGGGGAAGUAUAUCCCAUCCGCUCCACUGGUCAAACAUGGAGAAUGGAAGCUUUGAAUUGGUCUCCUUGGAUUGUGAGAAGAUUGAAGAAAAAGCUGAGUUUUCUAAUGUGUCAUCCAUAUUAAUAGAAGGACUGCCUAAUGCUGAUGUGAAAGAGGUCAUCCGAGUGCAGAAUGCACAUCUAUGGCAGUUGUUUUCUGUAAAAAAGAAAAUGUUUACCAGUAAGUAUGGAAGAGGUAAUGAAAAUGAGGUCAGACUGCUUCAUGGAACCAAAUCGAAGACUGCAUUUAAAAUAUGUAAGGAGAAUUUUGACAUUAGAAUUGCAGGUGAGAAUCUUAGCCCCAUGUAUGGGCAUGGGGUGUACUUCGCCACGGAGUCUUCCCUCUCUGAUCACUACAGCUCAGAGGAGGAGAGUGAUGGACUGAAAUACGUGUUAAUGGCUCGUGUCCUGGCAGGGAAGAUGGGGUAUGGAAAACCAGAUUUACGGAAACCUCCAGACGACUGCGACUGUGUGGUAGACUACCCAUCCAAGCCUCGGAUUUACUGCAUUUUUGACUACAAUCAGCUAUAUCCAGAAUAUGUUAUAAAAUAUAAACUAGAUACUACCAAGUAAAAGACUGGCACUAUGUGACUCUGAUAGGAAGUAUGUCACAAAAUCUGCACAUGAUUGCAGCGUCGUGGGUAGACUAACUGUAGGAACACCAUUCCAAUACUCCGGAUUUACCACUGUGUUAAACUUCCAUGUUGAUAUGAAAUACAUGAUAUAGUUCAAUCUUGCUUUCUCAAAGCUAUUUUAAAUAUUAUUUUGUCUGAGAGAGAGAGAGUAUAUGUAAGUUUUUAUGGGAAGGAGAUUGACAUUCCCACAAUGAAAUAACCCUCACUAACAUCAUUGACUCGCGAGGCCACUAGAACCUAUAGGAAGAUAUGCUGAAUCUUUUAAUGCCCCCCAGAAAUGGAAGAUAGAGGUAGAUCUAUAUUGUGUUGCCUUUCUGUCUGUGUUUAACCUUUAUUUUGACUUUUGAAGCACAUGUUUCAUAGUUGCAGAGACAUUGGCUUGGAUUGUCGUUGGCAUCAUGGUAUCAAAGGAUGUUGCUUUUGGUAGAUAAAAAUUUUGAAUAGGUAUUUGGUAUUUGCGCCACUUUUAAAGAGGUUGGCCCACAAAAACAAACAAUGGAGUUUUCUAUCUUAAAAUCCAUAUCCAAAAAAAAAAAAAAAAAUAUAUAAAUAAAUAAAAAUAAAAACGUAUCUAUAUGCUACUGUACCUAUGAAGGUUUUGGGAGUUCUAAUCAGAGACGAACGAUGUGAUGAAAGCUUUGUGUUUUAGUUUUAAACAACAUGUACAUACAUCUAUAUGUAGUUCUCUACACUUUCCAUUUGUUUCUCAAAUAUAUUUGUUUCAUCCCAAAUCAUAGCUAGUUCGUAGAACUGUGCAAUAUACCAAGGUCAUCACACACUGUUAGCAUGAAUGUAUUGUAAAGGACUUCUUGUAGGUCCCUUCACAUCCUCAUAUACAUGUAUUUGUAAUAACGCACGUCCCAGAAAAAGGUUCACCAAACAAUAGAAUCUUAAAUGACAAAUAGAGUUAUUUCCAAUUAUUAGCACCAUAUAACCAUAUGUGUUUGUUUUACAAACUGAUAGGUAAAGAUGUAUUAAUAUAAGUUGUUUUCUUUUGUGUAUGUAAAUGAGCAUGCUAGGCACCGUCUUUGCUAACCGAGGGUUUUCUGUCCUCUUCGCUUCCCAUAGAGCGGAGUGGACCGAAAACCCAUGGCAGCAAAGAUGGGUAGGCACUAUUUGGACUUGCCUGUUUCCCAGGCCCUCCCAUUGCUAUAACCAGGGACUAUAUAUGGACUAGAGGGGUUGAAGGGUGAGGUAUACUCCAGAAUACGCGAUAGUAAAUUUAGUGAAAUCAAUAUCAAAUUAAAAAGAAACAGCGGAAUUUCUUUGAUAUACACAGUAAUUAAUUUUGUUUGAAAAAGUUCAACUCCCAGGGGUACUUUCUGUACUUGGAUUAUGACAAAGCUCUGACGGAAAAAAAACCCAACCAUGGUGACUGUAAGCACGCUGGUGUUGUAUUAUGCAAGGUGUACCUGUAAUGAUACGAGUUCGAAGCCUACUUCUGUUUGUUUUAUCUAUUAAAUGCUGUCAGCGACACAGACUCAACACAAAACUGUUCUUUAGGGGAGGGGACGUUAUAAGUUAAUUGUGUCCAAUCUAAAGUUCAAUGAUCUUUAAAGGGACUUUACUGCUUGUGUGAUGUGUAACAGAUAUCUGUUGAAUUGCAAUGGCAAUUAUUGGUACUCAGCUGAAGCCAAUUAUUAUAAAAUUCAUGCAUGGUUUGAGUUACUGUUGGAGAUAGAUACACCUGAAACUUAGGAGUCACUGCACAAUGACUUGCUGCCCAAAAGAUCGAGGAUUGCUCCUCUUUUGCAGUUCGUUAGAAAACAAUUUUUGAGAUUCCCAGAAUUUCAAAACAAAAACGAACAAGCAAAAAAAAAAAAAAAAAACUCAAAUGUUAUCCCGGGAGCGGCCCCCAAUACCCUAUUUUUUGCAGUCUGUUUCAGACAGAUGUGGAACUUCAGCUAUGUACUCCCGUUUGUUAUAUACUGGAUUCAGAUACACAUGACGGCAAAAGUUUUAUUCAACAUCACAUAUAAAACAUUCCUAGAUUUCUCAUCUCUUUUCCUAUAUAUCGGGUUUUUUUUUUAAAUUACAAUUAUAAGUUAAGGGUUUUCGCGUAUUUCUAUGUGUAACUGAUUUUAAAAGUUCUUAGGAGUGUAAAUGGCAUACAUUUUGGGAUACACAGAUUGCUUAAGCGUCCCAACAUACAGAACCUGUGUCCGAUCAAAUUAAAGGUCAGUGAUCAAUGAGAUUUUAAUGUUUGCCUGAUGUGCAACAGAUAUAAUUUAGGCUAACAUCGACACUGGCAAUCCUGAACACAAGUUACAGGCACGCCAACUGCAUUCAUUUAAAUGUAUUUCUUUUAUUUACUAUGUGGCAAAUUUAUUAAUUUUGGAUGCACGAUUUGAUUACUUUUAUAUCGUUUCUAUGUGCUUGAUCGCAAAUCACGUAAUUUUAUUGUUAACUGGAUUUAUUACAGCUACUGAAAGUUGCAAAUGUAUUUAGAGAAUCUGCAUUAAUUGGGUAUAAGUCGGUAUGAAGCGAUAAAAUGAGAACUCCCCGCCCCAAAUUCUAAGCACAUCAUCGUCCCGCAAUAAAUAUAUCACACACGCACUGUCCUGUCUUUGUGGGAUCCAGCUUGGGUUUUUUUCCCCCCGGAGCUUGCAAUUGUAGUAUAGCAAUAUACACAGAUUUUUAAUUAUUUAAAUGUAUUUGAUGAUCUAUUUUAUA